GGGCAUGCCGAGAGGCAAACUCGCAUCUAAUCUUUGCCUUUGCUCUUGCUCGUUUCCUUCCCUGUAGACGUGAACGCCGAGAACAUUUUAGGCAUACCCACCCUGUCUGUCGAAGCUUCAGUCGGACGCAUCACCGGAAGACCCAGAGAAAAGCAUGCAUCUUCAGCGCAUCUGCACCCUCACUUGAACCUCAAAACUCACCAGCACAGAACAGAGAAAGAACGUAUAGCUAACCACAAGCUUGACGAGCCAACAUACCCGCCACCCCCCGCAUUGCAACCUGACGCGGGAGGAUUACAUCGCUCGAAAGUCAUCGGGCAUUGCCCUCACCGAAGCGUAUAGACAUCCCUGAUCUUGACAGUCGGUAUUAGGAACCAUUGAGAUAAUCACAUAUCACAAUGGACCAGCCGCGGAUGAUCAGAUGGUCGUUCCAUGUCGCGACGUGGAAGCCGACGCCUGAGUUGAUCCAAACCCUCCUAACGAAAAUCCCGGCGCACGAACGCACCAAAAUUAAACGCUUCCGCUUCCCCAUGGACGCCCGCCGCGCACUCAUCGGCCAGCUCAUCGCCCGCGCCGCCGUCAUGGCGCUCAUCCCGGCGCCAUCAAGGGAAAAAUGGGCGGACGUAAAGGUCGAGAGGGAUAAAUACGGGAAGCCGUUUUUGUCAUUUCCAGAUAUCCCCCACCUCCUCUUCAACAUUUCCCACCACGGCGACUGGGUCAUCGUCGCGGCCGGGUACGGGUCGCAACUCGGCGUCGACGUGUCGCGGUUCGAGAAGCCCACCAACGAGACCCUCGACGAAUACUUCGCGGCCUUUGACGAGAUUUUCACCCCGAAUGAAUGGGGGUACAUCAACGGCGAGACAACACAGGAGGGUGAUGGCGGCAGGAAGAGGAGCGCGAGGGCGGAGAUGUUGCGCAAACAUACUCUGAAUGCGGAGCGAUUGAGACGGUUCGUGACGCUUUGGGCUUUGAAAGAGAGUUUUGUGAAGGCGAUAGGGAUCGGGCUGGGGUUGGAUUUGAUGAGGGUGGAGUUUUGUGUCAAGGAUGCAGACAAGAACGAUGCUGCUCCAGGACAUGCACUGCACGACGACAUCGCCGCCACCCCGCACAUCACCGUCUCCCUCGACAACAUCCCGCAGGCGCAAUACACGUUCCACAUGUCUUAUCUCGACUCGUACCAUCCGGCGGCGUAUUGCUACCUUCCUGUGUCUGAUAAUCACACCAGUGAGGAUACCGCUGUGGGGUCGAGUGGGAAUGAUGGGAGGAACGCAAAGGAUGGGAAUAUGAUGAGUGUAGAUCAUCGGGUCAAUGGGCGGGGUGAGGGUAUGGGGUUAGGAGAGGACGACAGCAAGGCGUGCGCGGGAUUCAGGGAAAUGAGCUGGGAGGAGUUGAGUGUGCGGAUUGAGGCUUGCGAGAGAGGAUGAGGGCGCAGAUGGGCAUUGUACAGUAGUUGAGUUGAGUUGAGUGGAUGCGGAGACGACAUACAUGUCUAGUCUGGUCAACAUGUAGUUUAUAUACCCUAACGGCGUACCCCCUUCAUUGAACUGAACAAAGC